CCGAGUUUAUCAUGGCUGCUCAGAUGGCGGUAAAUUCGGGAGCCGGUCUGUGGGGGCCGCUGAAGGAGCUAUGGGAGACAGUGGAUGGUGCGGUGUGGAAGAGACAACGAGAAAGUGUCUACCUCCUUGACCUGCAGCUGAAGAAGCAUAAACCACACUUUUUGUCUCUCUUCAAAAAUCCUCCAAAGAGUGCAGAGCAGAGGGAAAAGGUACGUAAAGCAAGCACAGAGGGCAUAGCCAUCCAAGGUCAACAGGGUUCAAGACUCCUUCCUACGCAACUCCUCACAGAGGCAUUUAUCAUCAGUGACCUGUUUGACAUGGGAGAGUUAGCUGCUUUGGAGCUGUUAUUGGCAGGUGAACACCAGCAGCCUCAUUUCCCGGGCCUGACGCGUGGCCUAGUAGCUAUAUUGCUUUACUGGGAUGGGAAACUCUGUCUGGCCAACUCCCUACGUUCACUCAUUCAGUCACGUCAAGGGAAGACAUUCACCCUGGAACUAAGUGAGGAGCUGGUGGCUUUGACCACUCGUUUCACAGAUGAUCUGAUGAGCCAGGGUCUGACCAAGUGGAUCCUAAGCUUGGUGUCAGAGAUCAACGUGACGCGUGAAUUUGAGCGGUUGCAGAAGGAGCGUGGCUUGGGCAAUGAGAAGCACAGGAAAGAGGUAUCAGACCUCAUCAAAGAAUGUAGACAGGCAUUGGCAGAUAGCCUGUUUGCAUGGACCUGCCAAUCACCAUUGACGAAAGAUGACACCCUAUUGCUUAUUGGUCACUUGGAGAAUAUGACAGCUGAAGCUGAUGGCUCAUUGGACAGUGUGAACCUUGCUCUUGUCAUGGCACUGCUUUACUGUUUAGAUGUCAGCUUCCUAGAGCAAGGCACCGAGGAUAGAGAAGACUUGCUCCAGGCCUUACCCUUGUUGACAGAGAAGCCAUACGUGUCUGCAGUGCAUAGUUGUCUGAUGGAUGGCCAGCCCUGGAAAUUGCCUGGCCUACAGGCUGUGUGUCGGCUGGCCUGGGCCUUGGCUCUGAGGGCUGUCUCCCAGCUACCACAGGGCUCUGCUCUGGUGGAGUUCACUGAGGCUGACGAGGCUUUGGCUGACCAGGCCAUCUUGGGAGAUGUCUUCCUGUUCAUGAAGGAGGGGAUGUUGGGAUGUGAGGGUUUUACUCAGGAAGAGUUCUACAUCCGUCGCCUCCAUUCAUUAAUUACAGACUUCCUGGCCCUCAUGCCAAUGAAGGUGAAGCAGUUGCGUAACUGUGCUGAUGAGGAUGCCCGUCUGGUGCAUAUAUCCCUACAGAUGGGCAGUGAGCCUCCAUCAUCUCUACACAAAGACCUAGACCACCUUAUGAACCUGAUAGGAGAGUUUUAUGGUAAAGAUCCGUUUAGUCUGGAGCUGGCUUUGGAGUUCUGGUGUCCCACAGAGUCUCUUCAACACACUUCCCUCCAGGGAUCCUACCUGGGCAUGGCCCUGCAGAGGCCUCCACACAAACAGGUGGUAUUAUCUAAGUUUGUGCGUCAGAUGGGAGACCUGCUGCCCUCUACUCUGUACAUCCCCUAUCUGCAUAUGCUAAAGGGCUUAGCCAAUGGACCUCAGUGUGCACACUACUGCUUCACCUUGAUGAAAUCCAAUGGAGCCCCACAUGGUGACAACAUUCAAGGAGUAGCAGGUAGCCCUGUGUCAUGGGAACACUUCUUUCAUUCCCUCAUGCUUUACCAUGAGAACCUGCGGCGAGACCUUCCCAAUCCAGACACAUUACACUAUCGCCACCCGCCAUUGAGGGGCAUCACCCACAGAGAACUGGAGGGACUUACUUGUUUUUUGGAGGUGCUCACAACCAUCAUUACCUGGAGUGAAAAUGCUCGACUGGCCCUGUGUGAGCACCCCCAGUGGACACCAGUGGUAGUGAUGCUGGGGUUGCUACAGUGCAGCGUUCCACCUAUCCUCAAGGCCGAGCUCCUACACUGCCUGGCUGCCUUUGGAAAGUCACCAGAGAUCGCAGCUUCACUUUGGCAGUCUCUUGAGUAUACUCAGAUUCUGCAGACAGUGCGAGCUCCGGGACAGAGACAGACUGCUGGAAUUGAGUUGGAGCUGAAUGAGAUCGAGUCGAGCUGUGAAGAAUACCCUCUGACGCGGGCCUUCUGUCAGUUGAUUAGCACAUUGGUUGAAAGCAGCCUGCUAGUCAACCUGGGGGCAGGACUACGUGCACCAGGAUUCCAGCCUUACUUAACCUUCCUACGUGACUCUGUUUUCCUCCCCUUCCCCACCAGAGCAUAUCGCCGUCCAGCAGAGAAGUGGGAGGUAGCUGAUGCCGUCUUGGAGGUCUUCCAUAAGCUACUGCAGGACUAUGAGCCUCAGCCUUCAGACUUUGUCCAGGAGAUGGUGGAGCUGCAAGGGAAGCAGAUCCCGGCCAAUAAGCCUCCUGGCCAUAGCAUCAUGGUCCAUCUGCUCAAUGACUCACCCACACUUGCCCUCUGUCUUAGCCUGCUGGAGGAGGGGAUAUGCCAGCUGGACACCUAUGCACCCUUCCCCGGUAAGAAGCAUUUGGAAUCAGCAGUACUGCACUGCUUGUGCUUGCUGGACCUGGCCCUGCAGAAGGAGGUGGUGUUCAUGGACCUCCUGAGGGAGAGCCAGGCCUCCCUACUGGUUUCUCCCCUUGAGCAGCUCCUGCAGGGAGUCAGCUCACAGAGUUGCAGGGCCAACCACAUUGUCAACAUUGCCAGUUAUCUGUACCAUAGCAGCUCCAAUCCCGAGGCAGCCUUCCAAAGUGCCAAGAUCCUACAUUCUAUCGCCUGCUACCCCAAAAUUCAGAUUAAGCUUGUAAGAGAUUUCACUCAUGACCAGGCUAUGAGUGAGAAGCUGAUGGCAGGUUUUGUCGAGUGUUUGGACAACGAAGAAUCGGAAGAGGGCAUAGAGAAAGGAGAUGACUCGGACUUGCAAAAGAAGGUGGCUAGGAUCAGACAUGAGACCCAGAUCCACAUCCUGAACAUGUUGAUAACCUCCUUGGAGUUGAAGACACCCAACCUGGCUCAUUACCUUCUGGGUUACGAAGUCAAGAAGCCAGUUUCCUCCACCAACCUUCAGGACCCAGGUGUCCUGGGAUGUCCUCGGAGCUGCCUGCAUGCCAUCCUGAGCCUUCUUCAGAAAGGCAGUGAGAGGAGGUCUGGACCUGUACUUAUACACCAGGCCCCACACCUGGCUGAGCUCUGCUAUCAGGUGAUCUACCUGCUGUGUGCCUGUGCCGAAACAUCUGGUCCCACCAUGCGUUACCUGAGAACCAGCCAGGACUUCCUCUUCUCUCACCUGCAGCAUCUACCUUUUGUACUGCCUAGCAACCAGAUCGCUGCCCUUUUCCAGAUGUCCUGGCUCAUGAAGACAGCAGCCAUUGAGCUACGAGUGACCUCACUGAACCGCCAGCGCUCACACACACAGCGCAUCGUCAACCUCCUGCUGGAUGAUCAGCUACACUCUCAGUAUACAGCUGAUAGAGAAUCAGGAGUGGAAGAAGUGACCAGAUCAGUCAGUGGUUUCCUACAUUUUGACACAGUGUCUAAAGUACGUAGGAAGCUGCUGAGUGUGCUGGAUGCAAUUGACUUCAGCCAGGAUGUCCCAGAGCUUCUGCAGCUGGACUUCUUUGAGCGCACUCAGAUAGAGCAGGUGAUCUCCAAUUGCGAGCACGUCAACAAGGAAGGACACACUGUCUGCAACGUCAAGUUGCUCCAUCGAGUCUUGGUUGCUGAAGUGAACGCCCUUCAAGGGAUGGCCGCCAUUGGGCAGAGGCCGCUUUUGAUGGAGGAGGUGAACUCAAUUUUGCAGCAGGUAGUGGAACAGAACCACAUGCGGCGCAGUCUGAGUGCCAAGCGGCAUGCGCUGCAAUCCUGGAGGAGCCUGGUGGAGACACUGCUCACUGCCUGCCCCGCUGAUAUCGUACCCGCCGAUGACAGGCAGUUCAUCAUCAAAGACCUGCUAGUGGACCUAUAUAAUAAGGUGUUGUCUGACGAUGCAGCAGGAGAGCUGAUGCCCAUUGUUGCCGGGGCAGUAUUCACCUUGACAGUCCAUCUCAGCCAAUCAAUCCUGUCAGAGCACCAGCAGGGGGCGGGACUAGAACGAGGGGUGUCUUUUGGCUUUGCCUCCAUUGCCAACUCAGCUCUGCACCUGAUCCUCCGGAAGCUACUAGACUUCAUCCUUUGUACAGGUGGUGGAUUCCAGCGUCUGCGUGCACACCUGUACGGCUCGCUGCUCUACUACUUAAAAAUUGCCCAGAAACCUGAAGAGCCUGACACUCUGCAGACAGGGGGGAAGUCUAUGUGGGAGUGUCUGACAGCCCCUGAGGAUGGUUUCUCUAAACUACAGCAAGACAGCCUAUCCAUCAUUGAGGGCUAUGGCACAGCUCUCAUGGAGGUGGUGUGUAGGGAUGCCUGUGAUGGCCAUGAAAUCGCCAGGAUGCUGGCCCUGGCUGUGCUGGACCGAAUCCUUUCUAUAGACCGUCAGAACCAGUGGCUGGUGUAUUUGUGUAACAGUGGCUACCUGCGGGUGCUGGUGGAGAGCCUCGGGCAGGAUGAUGCUGCUUUGCAGAGCUUGCUUGCACCCCAGCCUCCCCUCCUCAAACCACUUUACAUCUAUGAGAGCAAGAUGGCCCUGCUGACUCGGGUGGCUAAGACAGGCCAGGGGGCCAUGGAGCUGCUGCGCUGUGGGCUAGUGUCUCAGCUGAUAGAGUGCCAGGUGUUUGACAUGGUCCCAGACAGUGACUCGCACAGGGUUAUGAGUGAUCCAUCAGGGUUCAUCCCCAGUCCUCUGGACCGUUACCGGCAGAUCCUUCUUCCAGCCCUUAGGCUCUUCCAGGUCAUCCUGACCUCCACCACCUCCAAUCACCAGCAGGGAGCAGCACAAGUUCUCCAGUGGCUAAUUGCCCAUGCGGACACCAUCCAAUCUCAGCUCCGUUGUCAGGAGCUCAGCAUGGGAGCCUUGCAAGAGCUCUCUUUGCUCACUGGCAUCAUCAGCAAGACAGCCAUGCCAGGAACCCUCGAAAUGGGUGGGGAGGUCAACAGUCCCGCUCUGCUGGAGUUCCAGGGUCACAUCUACAGAUUCCAGCGCUUGUGUCUGUCCUUGCUGGGCCGUCUGGCAGGCAGCGAGAGGGAAAGGUUGUUGAAGCAGGCUGAGAUCGCCACUCCUGGAAACCCCGCAGAACGACGGGAGGGGAUGGAGGUGGCUAUGCAACAGGUGUGUGCUAACAUCAUGGAGUACUGCCAGACCCUGCUGCUUCAGAGCUCAGCUCAGGCCCAGUUCAGUAUCUGCCUCUUCAGCCCCUUGGGCAACGAGCCGGCUGGCAGGGACGGAGCACGUGCAGAUCUGUCGUCCACACUGCCAUCAGUGCCCUACUCCCGUGUACCCAGCCUGGGACUGGUACUGUACCUGCUGAAGAACAGUGCUGCGGAUUUCUUCCGCUUUCACCAGAGUCACAGACAAAGUCUGGACAAACUACAGAGUUUCAAUGAUCUGCCCCCAGAGGAGCUCAAGGAGCUGUGCCAGGGUCUUGUGUCAGGCCCAGGUGGGGUGGAAAAAAUCUCAUCAGUCCAGAGGAGCCUGCUAGCCAAGAGACGACUGGUCCAACUCAUCAACAACAGAGCCAAGCUGUUGGCCCUCUGCUCCUAUGUAAUAGAGACCUCCUUAUUUGUUUUGUGGCGGCACCUGGAAUACUACUUGGUGUACUGCACCCCCACCGACCCAAAAGACUCCCUGUUGCCUGGAAGUAGUACCUACAGACCACGCAUUUCUAAUGAAAUGUAUGGUGGAUUAUCUAAAGGCCGUGGCCUGGGUCUGUCUCAAGUCAGCCAACAAGAUUUAGAGCAGCUACAGAGCGAUAUGACGGCAGGGUUUGGGGAGGCUCUGCAGAGGAAGCUACUGGAGGUGGAGGGUUUGUACAGCCAGGUCCGCUCUCGCUACACCUUCAUCCAGGCCCUGGUACGCAGGAUCCGCGGCCUGCUCCGACAGCCCAAAACAUGAGACUGACACACGCGAAAUGCACCCACACAGCAAGCGUAAACCAAGACACGAAGCUUGCUCAUAAAAUCAAGGAGCUGGAAAAAAAACUAUGGUCUUCUUGUAAUACAAAAUCACACCUAACAUACACCAGGUGCUGCCACGCAGCUGUGCUGCCAAAGGGCUGAGACCCAGUUUCUCCCCUGCUUGUAAUACACACAAGUCUAAAACUGCAGCAGCCAAAACAGAGUUGACAGAUGAAAAUAUGGUCUUGCGUGGAUUUUGGUCACUUGUAGACAUUUUGUACCCAUGCUCUGAUUUCUGUAUUCAUUCUUUCCUGCAGACCUGACAACUCCUGGAGUGUGUAUCAGGUCUUAGGGCCAAUAUGGCUGGUGCUCUGCUAUUAGCACUUGUCAAGUUGAUAAAAUCUAGCUUGCAGAGCACAUUCAUGAACAUUUUAUUUACACAGAUUUUAAAAUUUGAUUAUUAUUGCAUUUUGUAUGACUUCUUUUUGUGAUUCUUUUCUCUGUAGUGAAAAUAAAAAUUUUCUAACGAUUACAUGUCUAUUUCACACACACGCAAAAAAAAUAAACAGCAAAACCUACAACAGCUAGAGAAAACAAUUCAAAGAACACAACCCAUACAUUUUGGUCUUAGACUAAGACUGUGAAAUAGAUAUUAUAUCUAUUUUGUUGCAUGUGCAAAGGUUAUAGUUUUAGGAUAAGUUUCCAGAAUGAAGGA